AUUAGAUCGUAGACUAUCAGUUAGGAAUAAACAAAAGAUAAGAAUUCUUAUCGUUUGUAGGUAUAAGAUACUAUAAAAUGUUAUAUAAUUAAUACCCGUAUAAAAGGAAAUGGAACUUGAUUUUCUUAGCAUAAAAUGAAAAUCUGUGGUACAUUAUACACAUUAAAUUUUAUUCCUGUGACUUAAGAAUAAAUAUGAAGGUGACAAAGAUUCUGUUAAAGCAAAAAAUAAUAUUAAAGACAAUUCUUGGUGUGUGUGCUGGUAUUAUAUUAGGUAGUAUCCUUAAAAGUUUUACAGCUCAACCAUGGUCAGAACGCAGCAUUAUGUAUCUGAAGUUCCCUGGAGAACUAUUUAUGAGGUUGGUUAAUUGUUUAAUAUUGCCUCUUCUAAUAUCUACUAUUGUGAGUGCUACUUGUAAUUUAAAUAAGUCAGGUAAAAUUGGAUUAAUGGUGUUGUACUAUUACACAACGACAACAAUACUUGGAAUAACAUUGAGUGUAAUACUUGUUCAAACAAUAAAGCCUGGAGAAAUACUCAAAAAUCAAAAUAUUGUGUCAGAAAAUUCAACCCAACAUUUCAUGACAGUUGAUACAAUUUUAGAUCUAUUUCGUAAUUUGAUCCCAGAUAACUUAGUCAAUGCAUGUUUGAAUCAGUAUCAAACUGUGUUAGAAAUACCAGAAAAUAAGUCCGUACCAUUAGCUGAAUGGCAAAUAGAUCAUAGAAAUGCGCCAGGAACAAAUGUCUUAGGCUUAGUUUUUUUUAGUAUAAUGUUGGGUCUAGCCAUUGGAAAAACAGAUGAAAAAGGUGAACCUUUAAAACAUUUUUUCCAUUCGUUAUCAGAAGCAAUGAUAAAGAUCAUGAAUUGGGCAAUAAUGAUAGUGCCAGUAAGUGUAUUGUUUCUUAUCUCUGCAAAAAUUCUCGAAGUAAAUGAUUUUGGCAGUAUAAUACAACGAUUAGGUGUUUAUAUGCUAACUGUAUUUAGUGGUCUGAUUAUACAAGGCUUUAUAUUAAUCCCCUGUGUGUAUUUUAUGUGCACACGACAAUCUCCAUACAAAAUUGUAUCUAAACUUGGACCAGCAUUUGCUACUGCAUUUGGAACAUCAUCAAGUACAGCUACAGUUCCUAUAACAAUUGCAUGCUUGGAAAGCAUUGGAAUACCUUCUAAAAUAACUAAAUUUAUUGUUCCAAUUGGUGCUACAAUAAACAUGGAUGGCAUAGCAUUAUACGAAAAUAUUGGUGCAAUUUUCAUAAUUCAAUUGCACGGAUUACAAUAUUCACUAUUCAGAAUCAUAAUAAUAAGUAUUACAUGCACUGUGUCAUGUAUCGGUGCUGCUGGUCUACCUAGUGGUGGCUAUGUAAUGUUGAUAAUGGUACUCAAUUCUGUGGGGGUUCCAGCAGAAGAUGUUUCAUUAAUAAUUGCAGUAGAUUGGUUCGUAGAUCGUAUAAGAACCACCAUUAAUAUUAUAGCCGAUGCUUUGGGAGCUGGCAUAAUAAAUCAUUACUAUAAUCUAAGUAAAGAACCCUCUGUACCAGAAGAAUUAGAAUUAUGUAACUCGAAUUAAUAUUGUACAGUAAUGUAUGCAUAAAACAGAAAUAGGACAUUAUUUAUACUAUAAUAGGAUAUUGCUAUUAAAAAGGCUUACAUUAAAUGGUUUUUGUUCGCAUA